AUGGAAGUGUCUGGUAUGCAGGAGGUCUGCCGUGUGGCCGCUGCAGGGGCUGUGACCCCCCAGGCCCACAGGCCCGGAACUGCUGCCCUUGAGGAAGCUCCCACAUGCAGAGCCCUUGGUGACCAGUGCAAGUUUUUCAGCCUGACAGAGACCCCCGAGGACUACACCAUCAUCGUAGAUGAGGAGGGCUUCCUUGAGCUGCCCUCUUCCGAGCACCUGAGCGUGGCUGAUGCCACCUGGCUGGCGCUGAAUGUGGUGUCUGGUGGCGGCAGCUUCUCCAGCUCCCAGCCCAUCGGUGUUACGAAGAUCGCCAAGUCUGUCAUCGCUCCACUGGCUGACCAGAACAUCUCCGUGUUUAUGUUGUCUACCUAUCAGACCGACUUCAUCCUGGUGCGUGAGCGUGACCUGCCCUUUGUCACUCACACCUUGUCCUCCGAGUUCACCAUCCUUCGGGUUGUCAAUGGAGAAACGGUGGCGGCUGAGAAUCUCAGCAUCACCAAUGGCUUUGUGAAGCCCAAGAUGGUCCAGAGGCCAGUCAUCCACCCACUGUCCAGUCCAAGCAACAGGUUCUGUGUCACAAGCCUGGACCCUGACACGCUGCCGGCUGUCGCCACUCUCCUCAUGGAUGUGAUGUUCUACUCCAACGGAGUGAAGGACCCCAUGGCCGCCAGUGAUGACUGUGGCCACAUCCGCUUCUUCUCCUUCUCUCUUAUUGAGGGCUACAUCUCACUGGUGAUGGACGUACAAACCCAGCAGAGGUUCCCGAGUCAUCUGCUAUUCACGAGCGCGUCUGGAGAGCUGUGGAAGAUGGUGCGGAUAGGAGGACAGCCUUUGGGAUUUGAUGAGUGUGGUAUUGUAGCCCAGAUCUCCGAGCCCUUGGCAGCCGCAGACAUCCCAGCAUACUACAUCAGUACUUUCAAGUUCGAUCAUGCAUUGGUUCCAGAAGAGAAUAUUAGUGGGGUUAUCCAUGCCCUGAAGGUCAGUCAAGGAGGGAAGCAUUAGAAAAGGCUCAUCUCUGGGCUCCUCCCUGCCACAGCCCACCUGGGCCUUUCCCUAACGAAGGUUAUUCUUGCAGUAUUUCCCUAAGGACUUGAAAGAUCGGCCCUGGGACCCUAAGGACAGGGCCUCUGGGACACUCCCCGAUUCCUGAAUCCUCCAGGCCGGGGCCUAAACCAAGGCCAUCCCUCAUCCACCUCCUGCCUUCCAGAGUCCCUAGCCUUUUCAAUAAUGACUCCGUUUCCCCCCAGUGGAGACGUGCCCAUCUUCCUCCCCAAUGUUCCAGCCCAGAAAGUGGUCUGUGAGGCCCAGGAGGCUUGGGAACAGCCCACGGCCUCACAUACAGCCCACAGCAAACACCAAAGGAAGCUGUCGCCUCCCACGAGACCUCGGGACAUCUUAGGAUGUUGCUGGCGCAAGGUUGGGUAUACAGAGCUGGGGAAGCCCCCAUGAGGCCCCACCCCCAGGAUCAAUGGAAUGGUGGCUGCUCUAUUUUCAGAGGCUUCGGGGCUGGUUCCCUCAGAAUGGAGGCCAGCAGGCUGCCCUCAGGUCAUAAUGGCCAGUGAUUCUCAGACAGUAGCAGUGGGCUCCCUACCCCCAAGCUGGGGGGGUGGGGAGACAAUAUCCUAGAACCCUACCUGCCGACUACACAGGGCCUGUUCUGAUUCCCACUAUGACUGCCAAGAGGGGCCCUGGACCAACCUCCCACCCAGCACUUGUCCCUGGAGGAGGAAGGAAUCCCAGGACACCUCUCUCCCACCAGCCUAGAGCACCAGCUUCUAUCUCUUCUCUUUUCGCUCUCCCCGGACCCAACAUGGGCAAACAAAGACUCAGUUUUCUUCCGGCAGUGGGCACCCCCACCAGCCCAGGCCUAGGGUGCCUUGAGCUGUGUCCACCUCCCCAGCUGUCACUUAGACCAGCUGGGAGUUGUCUCCCCUUCAUUUUCUCUCUUCCCCACUUUCAGGGGACAAAGAGGCCCCAGGUCAAAUACCUGCUGGAAAUCACAGCCAGCAGCAGUCAGUGGCCAUGGUGAUAGCUGGGAGGCGGCUGGGCUAGGCAUCCGUAGAGAAGAAUCACGGUUGCAGUUUGCUUACUCAUUGUUUGUGCCUACAGGCAGCUGGGGAAGGAGCAUUGUGUUUGGAGGAGGUGGGGCCUGUUGGAGUCUUAGCAGGGUGCGCAAGGGUCCACUGGCACUUUGCACCGUGUCUUUGGGCACAGACACGAAGGCGAACAUGGAUCUUAAGGAUCUUGGCCUUGCCUUCUGAGGAGGGCUCUGGGUUGCAGAGCUCUGGACACCAGGACCCCAUUAGCAUCCCUGUAAGGCAUCCCAGCGUAUCACAACUGAGAGCGGCGCCAUUAGCUGGGACUCCGUCAGACUUCUCACUCUUGGGGUUCUUCUCAGGCCGGUCUUGCACUGUCUCCAACAAGGUCAGAGGAGGGAAUGUUUACUCACCCCUUCACAGGUCUUGUGUGAGCUGUGCUCCUUUCUUCUCUGGGCCGCAGAAGUACACUCAGGUGGAGGAAGGAUUCUAAAACCAUGUGGAAGCUCAGAACCGGUCAUGCUAGUCAAAAUCACCUCUGGUUGAUUUUGGUGGGUUUGGUUUGGGCUUGGGGGGUAUUAAUUCCUUUUGCACAAAAUCCUUACAACAACCAAAUCUUAUCAAUUGUUUUCUGGUCCCAAAAGGGAAAUGGCCGAGUGGGCAGGGCCAUAGUGCGGCCCCGGAGUCUCCUUUCUCUCUCCCUGGAAGGCCUUGAUUGUCCAGGGCGCACCUCUUCAUAGCCCCUUCUGUCUCGCUUUCCAGUUAUCCCUCCCCACCAUGUAAGUGUGCUGGCGCCAUGCCCCCUGCCCAUAGUUCUGUGGCCCCCUAGACUUGCUAGGAUAAGACUGUAUUGUACACACCUAUAAAUACGUGUUUUAUGUUGAUAGAGAUAUAUUCUGUAAAUAGCAUAUAUACUUGAGCAAUAUAUAUGUUAAUAUAUUCUGUGUGCGCAGGACACAGGCAAGGGCCCCGCCUCAUGUGCACACACACUGGGACAUUUUGAGCCACCUUAUAUUUUUAAUUCAAACAUGUAGGCAAUACGAUGAUUGGAAAAGCCUUGGGGUCCUUGAGGCCAGCCUGGAGGGGAGACAGAACCAACAGCCUCCUGCGUGUGGGGCAGCCCGUGAGGGCCAGUGUGGCCUGCUUCGUAGCUGCUGCACCCCCAUUUCCACAGCCUAGAGCUCGGAUGCCCUUGCUUUAUCUGAGGGGAUCGGGAUGUUUUCGCUUACAUUUUAACAGUGGUUCUCUCCCUCAGGGCCACUCUGCAAACUUUGGUAAACCCCUUGUGUUUCAGCCUCCCUCCCAGAGUCCCUUCGCAUCUUAGCCGACUUUUGCUGUUGUUGUGUUAUUUGUUCUCUUAAGGCAGGAUCUCUUUGCAUAGCUCUGGCUGUCCUGGAAUUCCCUAUGUAGACCAGGCUGGCCUUGAACUUCUAGAAAUCUGCCUGCCUCUGCCUCCCAAGUGCUGGGAUUAAAGGUGUGUGCCGUCACACCAGCUGAUUUAUUUUUUACUUUGUUUUAUUCCUGCAAGCUUAGGAAUCUCAGGUUCUCUUCCUAGGACUGACCCCACAGGACCCUGAACCAUACAUAUUCCCCCAACUGUGUUUUCGGAGAGAAGCUGGGGCCUGGGUUCUGCCUGCCAGCCUUCAAGGGACAGUGGGUCCUGGGUAGCACUGGCAUGACAAGGUCUCUACAGCUCUGCAGGGCAUGACAGCCCCCAGGCCCUCCACUCUUGUGUUUUUAGUGCUGUCUCCCCCCUCCUGGUUAUGUGAGGGUGACUUCUCACACACCCUCUGGCUGACCCAGCCUCUAGCAGCAUGCUGGUCAUCAGUCAGGGCUCUCUCAGCUCCUAGCAGCACAGAGUCGCUCUUGGCUCACGGGGAGGGUAAGAGAACGAACUGGCUGUUAGGAAGGUAAAGUUUAUGGAAACUUAGCCCCACCCCCACCCCGGGCAGGGCAAGUCAUGAACUCCAGAGGUGUGUGCGUCUGCCUGAAAGGCACCCUAAUCAGAAAAGCGCACCCUGGGCUGUGGCUCAGCAGAUAGUCGGCUCGCCUACCAUUCAUGAAGCCCUGGGUUCAGUUCCCAGCACUCAGGAGAUGGUAGCAGACAGAUCAUAAGUUAAGGCUAGCCUGAGCUGAGAAGGGUCUCAAAAAAAAAAAAGUUAAAUAUCAACUGCACAGACUAAAAAGACCAUCCAGUGUCCUCACUGACAAAUGCCACCCCACCCUCAGCCCACCCCUUUGGCUCAGCCGCACAACUUGAGGCCCACCUGCUUCCCAAGAAGUUGCUUCUCCCCCACUCCCCAGCAGCAUGGGCGACUGUAUGUUUUCCCCACUGGGUCUCUAAAGACCCGCCCCACACACCCAUAGAGGCAUGCGGCCCCGCCGCCAGGGGAACCCCUUCCCUGAGCCUCCCCGCAUCAGCAGUCACCCUGUCCCUGCAGGUGACGGGUUCCUGGUGCGCUGGGACAGAUCCGUGGACCUGGUUCUGUCUGUGCCCAUCAGCCAUUGCUGAAGCCACCUGCUUAGGCUGGUGAGGUGGCCCCCCAUGAUGCAAGGAACUGCGCAAGUGGAAAGCUAUUCGGGCAGGUGGAAAGGAGCUAGCCCCUAAGCACAAGCGGCACACACCACACACAUGCCCCCCACCCCCGCCGCCUUUUGUCUGGUACAUCAUCUUCAAAGGUCUGAGCCACCUGCCACCAAGCCCUCCCAGGCACAUUCCCCAGGCUGGCCUUUCAAAGUCCCCAGCCAGCCCUGGGCCAGCAGCCCGAGCCUCUGGAUUGGAUGUGGGGACGAUAUGGGUGAGGCAGCUGACAAAGGGAGCUGAAGGGAGAAAGGGUCUAUUUUGACUCUUGAGUUUGACGGGACAGUCCACCAAGCCGGGGAAGGCAUAGCAGCAGGAGUGUGAGGAGACGGUCAUAUUGCGCCUGGUCAGGAAGCAGGGAGAGGCGUGCUGGUGCUCAGUUGGCUUUCUCCUUUUCAUUCAGGACAGGAGCCUAGCCCACAGUAGGCCUGCGCACCUCAACUAAUCCAGUCUCUGACAGACCAACUCAGAGGUUUGCCUUCUAGGUGGUUCUAGAUCCUGGCGAGGUGCCUGUUAUCCAGCACAGGACACCCCUCGCCAACAUCUGUUUUUUUUCUGGGAGCAGAACUGGGGAACCGUAGAGGAUGUCAGCGCUUGGCUUGGUGGGAGGGAGCCGGAAUGGAGAUACUGAGCUCUUAACAGGGACAGGAUACAGCUUUGGGUUUUCAAGUGAUGAGCACUGCGCUGAGGGUUAGAGUACAGCCUAGGAGGGUGGAAGACCUCCCUUCUGACAUCCAGAGGAAAGUGAGGCCGAGAUAGCCCAGAGCCGGUCAGCCUUGCUCUGCUGUGUGGGGCUGUUGUGGAGGGCUGGAGCUAACUUAGUAGUCCUAACCUUCUCUUACAUUUCAGAGUUCAUCCCAGCUACCUUUUUCGUAUCCAUUUUCUAAUCAGAAGCAGCAAAAGGACACAUUUAACUGACCCCAGGGUGACCCUAGCUUGAACUCCACCCUCCCCCAAGGCUACUCAACGGGGGAAGGGAGAUGCUGGGCUGUUGCUGAAGGCACCAAUAGAGGCCCGAGGCCUAGGCCAUGGAGCUCGUGGACAUCAGUUUGGUGUUGGUGGCUUGUGGCGCUUGGUAGAAGAGGAGAGAAGCUGGGAGAGUCAAAAGCACAGGCUGGCCGCGUCCGUGUGUCAGGGUGCUGUUUAUUUACGUGUGUGUGUGUGUACAUGUAUAUUAGGCAUGAGUGUGUAUGUGUCUCAGAGCUGCGAGCUGCUCUGUGCAGUGUUUGGCCCUUCGCCUAACCCAUGGCCAGAGUUAACCAGAAAGGGACGCAGGCCCCGGCUCCGGGGUGGAGUGUGGGGUUGCCCUGGUGGGAUAGGCGCCUUCCCCCAUUCUCUGCAUCCCCAAGACUCUGCUCCUCAGAGGCCCGGGGAGUCCAUGCAGGCAGCCUGAGCUGGCCCAGGCCCACCCGUGGGACUCUUCAGCCCAUUCAGUUCUAAAGACAGUGUUCGAAGGGAGAGGCGCUGGGCACAAGAGGUGCUUCUUGCUUACGAGGAACCCUUCUUGGGAAAGGGUCCACAAAGCUAGAGACUGCAGCAAUGGGCACAAUUCAGGUCUCCGUGGGCUGAGCCUAGCAUGGUUUCCUUCCUACUGCCUCAGUCUACCUGUAUCACAGGAAGUUAGAGCAGGGUCAGCCCCAAAAGAAUAGGGAGCCGAAAGUGCAGCGUAGUUCCCCCAGCCCUCCUUUUGUAUGCCAAAAUCAUUUCCGUUAUCCUGAGGCAGGGGGCAGGUGUGGGUGCCCUGCCCAGAGCCCCAGCUGACCCUCACCUGGCAUGUCGUGCCCAGGUCACCAGCAACAGUGGUACUUCAUCAGUCCUGCAGCGUGGGUGAAAAGGAGGACCGUUGUCUGCUCCACCUCCAGGGCCCCUGUGCGUUCGUUUUCCUUGUCAAAGAAACAAAACCCUUGAGAGUUGUGUACUGUAUGAUGGAGAGGGAAAAAAGUACCUAAUGUUCCCCCUAAAAAAAGACAGUAUAUUUUGUACUUUGUAAAGUGUUCAUUAAAUGAAGGGGAAAAGA